UUCACUCUAGCAACAGCAAUUUAAUCCGACACUGACACAAUUAAAUGCAAAAAUUCAUUUGUAUGAAGCUGUUGUUGUAUAUAAAAAAACAAAAUAUUAGAGAGAGGUUAUUGUAUCUGCUAAAUUUAUAUCUUAGAUAGUUAUUUUGCUCUGUGUUGAUCUUGGGCGCUUCUUUUAUAGACGAUCUUCGUAGUUUAGUUCUGUUUUUGCCCCGGUCACAACAGUAAUGGCGGCUGCAGCACGGCUUUUCCUUCGAGGUGUACACUCGAAAUGUUCUGUCUCUGGCGUUUCCACCGUACCGCGGACCUCUUUUGGACCCAGGUUGCUGAAACUGUCACCGAGCUGCGACCCCCAUACCAAAGCGCAGCGUAGACAUGCAGCACACUUUACCUUCCAGCCUGACCUCGUCCCAACACAGUAUGGGCCAACACAGAAGAUGAAUUUGUUCCAGUCAAUUACAAGUGCCUUGGACAACACUCUUUCCAGUGACCCCACAGCAGUUAUCUUUGGGGAAGAUGUGGCCUUCGGUGGAGUGUUUCGAUGCACAGUGGGUCUUAGAGACAAAUAUGGUAAGGAUCGGGUCUUCAACACGCCGCUUUGUGAGCAGGGGAUUGUGGGAUUUGGUAUUGGUGUAGCUGUUGCAGGAGCCACAGCGAUUGCUGAAAUCCAAUUUGCAGACUACAUCUAUCCUGCAUUUGACCAGAUUGUCAAUGAAGCUGCCAAGUACCGCUACCGCUCUGGCAACUUGUUUGAUUGUGGCAAGCUCACCAUUCGGGCUCCCUGGGGAUGUGUCGGCCAUGGAUCCCUCUACCACUCCCAAAGCCCCGAGGCAUUUUUUGCCCAUUGCCCUGGCAUUAAGGUUGUAGUACCUCGUAGCCCAGUGCAGGCCAAGGGGCUGCUUCUCUCCUGCAUCGCUGAUAACAACCCCUGCAUUUUCUUUGAGCCCAAGAUCCUUUAUAGAGCAGCAGUGGAACAGGUUCCCACAGAACACUACACUAUUACACUCUCCCAGGCUGAGGUUGUAGAGGAAGGAAGUGAUGUCACUUUGAUUGCCUGGGGGACGCAGGUACACGUAAUGAAGGAAGUAGCCCAAAUGGCCCAGGAGAAACUUGGUGUUUCCUGUGAGGUCAUUGACCUGCGCACUAUCCUACCAUGGGAUGUUGAAACUGUUUGCAAGUCAGUGGUGAAAACUGGACGCUUGCUCAUUAGUCAUGAGGCCCCAAUCACUGGAGGGUUCGCUGCUGAAAUCAGCUCUACAAUACAACUGUGAAAACUGCAUUUGCUGUUACGCAAACAUGAAGACCAGAGAGCUGUCUAUGGAAGAAAAGCAAACCAAUUUACAGCUGAGAGGAGAGGGAAAAUCAACUAUUCAACUAUUGCACAAACAUUGGACAUAGCCAAUACAACAAUUUGGAAAGUCCUGAAAAGGAAAGAAACUACUGGUGUACUGAGCAGCAGACAUUGAACAGGUCGGCCAGGGGUAUCAACAGCAGUUGAUGAGAGAAACAUUGUGAGAGCUGUGAAGAAACACCCAAAGACACCAGUCAAUGACAUCACGCCCAACCUCCAUUUUCUCUGGGGCUUUUAAAUUGCCUGGUAUUAUUUCCACUCAUGGUGUUUUCCAUUAUAUCGGCAUGUAACUUGACCCUACAGCAUUUUGUCCAAUCUGCCAGGCUGUUCUUGUACGUGGUUUAGAAGUGUUUCCCAAAGUUUAUUGAGCCAAGGCUCAUAUUUCACAUUGCCAAAAAAUCUCACCGCACACCACCAAACAAAAAUGCCGCUAAAAAGGAUUACCGUACAACAGGCUAAUUAUGUAUCUUUUGCCAUCUCGUGGAAGAGCAUUUAUUCUUGUGCCUCUCACUCUAUAUAUAAAUUGCUGGCAUAGCUCGUUGAACAAAGAUAAAUUACUUGUCGUGAAUAAAUAAUUUUCAAACAGAUUAAGUAAAAUUGGAUCAUUUCCCACAGCACAUUUGAUCUCUCACGGCACACUAAUGUGCAACGGCACACUGGUCUGAUCAAUGGUUUCUAUUCAUGGAACACUGGUCCAAAUGGUGUUAACCUAGGAUGACGGCUUUUUUUGUCUGCCAUUGUUACACAUUAGGCAUGUAUGACUGAGAGGCAACGUCGGCCCAAUGCGUCAAGCAUUGUGCCCCAUCGUAAAAGUAAUUGCCCUCCUCCUUCAAAGGAUAAUGUUUAUACAAGAAUGUAAACUUUUUACUGACUCAGAAAUUGCACUAAAGUACUUCUAGUUUGGUUGGUUGUAUAAUCAUUCCUUUCAGCUGUUAUACUCAAACAGUUCCCUGUUUACCCAUUUGUUUCCUUUUGUGAUAGUGUAAUUUUUAUUUUUGCAAUUCUUGUUGUUCGUGUGAACCCUGUCGUUUCUAAAUUUAAAUAAAUGUGGUAUUAAAUCAGACAUACUUAUUUUGUAGUUGAAUGUAUUGUUUGGCCAAACUCCUUGCAUUUUUGCUUUAAUGAGACCAAAAGUAUCAUUGUAAGACAGUUCUUAAGCUACCUGUACAAUAGCAAGGCAGCUGGACAUCCUUACUCUUCCUCUUUGUUGAGAAUUUCGCGUGUGGAAUUUGGCAGACAGUGUACAGUUCUUCAAAAAUUAAGUGUGCUUGCUUCAAUCUGUCUAUUUACAAUCCCAGUUGACUUUUACAGUAAAACUAAUGCAAAAUAAAGAUAAUUACCCAUUCUAUAUUUCAGCAUACACAUCGCUUCGGCUUGCAAAUGACCAUUUGCUUAAUGCUAACUAGACUUUACACCGAUUUGAUCGGGCUGAUCGGUAUCGGC